AUGGUCAAAGUCCUGACUCAUUUUAUAGCCGAGUCAGCUGAUCCUCGAGGCCAGACCAGCUACAUGCUGGGCAGCGAUUGGCAGGUGGACAUUACGGAGCUUGUUUGGGACUUCCUCAAAGUAGAGAAUGCACAGGUUGCACAGCUGCUGGACAAGAAGAUACUCGUGGGCCUUGACACAGGCAUGACCACUAUUCAGGUGUUGUCUCCUUUAUCAGACUCAAUCCUGGCAGAGAAGACUAUCACAGUGGUGGAUGACAAAGUGACCAUCACAGAGUUGGGGGUCCAGUUGGUAACAGGCCUUUCCAUGAGCCUGCAGCUCAGUCCGGGAAGUAACCGGGCCAUCCUGGCUACUACAACCACACAGGAAGUCCUGCGGAGCCCCAAACAGGAGGCCUUGAUUAGUGCCUGGCUACAGUUCAGUGAUGGCUCUGUGGCUCCACUAGACCUCUACAAUCCAGACUUUUUUGUCCUGACGGCCACUUCACUAGACGAGGAAGUCGUGACAGUGCAGCAGGACCCUUCCUGGAAAUGGCCUGUCAUUGUGACGGAGGCAGAGGGUCAAGGCCUGCUGGUCAGGGUGGAAAUGACUGUGAGUGAAGUGUGCCAAAAGUUCAAGCGACGCAGCAUUAUAGCGGCGGGGAACUGCAACAUCAGGGUGAAGUUUGGCCAUAGUGACAGCUCAAGAGGAGGGAGCAGCGACUAUGGUCCUGAUGGAGAUGAUAUGGAGAACAGGGGCAGGCUCUCCUCCCAGGACAGGACCGGCCUCGACACACACUACUAUGGCAGUUCGAUCUCUGACAUGGAGGAUGGCGUGCUGAAGAGAGCCACCACAACGAGAAGCGCAAUAAUCCGCAGACCCAAUGGGGAUAAACUUUCAGUGGAUGGUAGCCAGAGCAUACCAAUUGACUUUGCUGACUUCCCCGCACAAGUAGAUCUGCCCCGUGGUCGCAAUGUGGACGACGAACUCAUUCAGACUGCCCGAGGACUCACAGACCUAGAAAUCGGCAUGUACGCCUUGCUCGGGGUCUUCUGCCUCGCCAUCCUGGUCUUUCUUAUUAACUGCAUUUCCUAUACGCUCAAAUACCGUCACAAGGAGCUCUCCAUCGAGGGCCAGGAGAACAUGAACCAUGCUCACGACUGGGUGUGGCUGGGGAACGAGGCCGAGCUGCUGGAGAGCCAAAUCAGCCUUUCGCCUCAGCAGGAGGAACAGACCUCCAUGAUAGACUCAAGCAGCGGCCUCGAGGAGGGCAGCCACUUGCUGAACGGAGGCUCUACCCAGAAGAGCGUGCCGAGCCAAGUGCAUCGGGCGGCGGACACAGGCUGCAUAGCCAAGGACAGCAAAGGAGACUCCCCCACCACCAAGAGAAAGCGAGUUAAGUUUACCACGUUCACCACUAUCCCCUCGGACAAUAGCUACCCCACUGUUAGCACACUGACUGGAAGCCACAGCCAUGACAUUAAGUGGGUGUGUCAAGACGUGCAGCUCGGAGACUCCAAGGAGUUGCGCAGUUACAUGGAAAGAUUAAAUGACAGUGCUUUAAAAGAGGUGGCAUAAUGUACUGUGUGCACUUGUGACAAACUCACCCAUAUGCCUUCCAGCCAGCGGAGAGUGGGUCUCAACAGAAACCAGAUCCACAGUUGGUGAUCGAGGAGUAAAUUUACUUCAGAAUCAACCCAAACUGCCAAAGGGUCAUUAAAUUUUGCGAGAAAUGUCAUGAUUCCACAUGUGACUGAUGAUAAAUCACUGACGAAAAAGAUGAGGUGGUUCUUUUGUUUGUCAGAUGGUUGCCACUUAAACAUCAUUUUAUUAUUACAGGAUUUAGAAUCGUGCAAGGAUCCCAGGACUGAUCUGCAGCAAAGCAUAUAGAGUUUAAAACGAACAGUGACGUGACUAGAUAGAUAUUCCGAGUGUGUGUGUGUGCACAUUAAAUGGCUUUGGAAGUUCUGUAUCAAUUUUGGAUUUCUUACAUGAGAGUUCUGGAAAGGCCAAAGCAAGUCAAGACAAAUCUGCAUGUUGUUGGGGGGGAAAAGAAAAGAAAAACAAGAAUGGCACAACUUUCCGGUUCAUUCUCAUCCUCCUUAGCAAGGCAUAAGACCUGUUAUGUAUAUACUGAACAACCUCCAAAGCAUUGUACUGUUGCUCUGUAUAUUGUAUUUUCAUAACAUUUAAGGAAUACACAGUAAUGUCAAGAGUGUGCAUCAGCUUUUAUUGACUGCAGCAUUGUGAGACACUGAGUCUUUAGAUUUACUGAAGUAGGUGGUGGAGAAGGUGGAGCCAAUUACACACUGACCUUUGUAUCAAAGACUAUUUAUAAGAUGUAAUUUACCCACAAGCAACAACACAAUCUAAUCCCGUUUAAUGCUGGCCAGUGAAGAAAGCAUCAAUACUCUCAUCUUGUCCAUUACAAUCCAGUACCCUGUCACCUCAGUCGGUAUAAGUGAAGGAGCUUUUAAACCAAAUGGCUGACCAUCAUGAUAAUGUGACAUUUCUCAAUACCGCCCUCUCAGUUAAAAGUUUUUCAAGGUUUGAAGAAAAUACCAAUUAACGCCUCUGUCCCAUAAUUACAAGCAAGGUAGGA